UGUAUUACAGUGGAUCUCCCUCAUACACGAGUGCGCCCUACGGUUAUAGUAGUUCAAUAUUACCGUACGGAUCAUCAUAUAGUGCUACUUAUUUAAGUCCCGGUAGCAAUUACAGCUCACACUCUUCGCUUGGAGGAUACUCGAGGACACCUUUGACAUCCCGAUGGCUUACGAGUGGCAGUCGUGUAUAUUCGCCUAUGCUUUCAACAAUAUCAGAGAAAGGCACAUUAACACCUGUACGAAUUAAUAGUCCGAGAAGAGCUCCAAUCAUAAACAGAAAUUAUGUGACACCCCAGUAUUCACAUAGACCAAUUAAUAUCAAUACAGCUGAUAUCGAUGUAUCUAGAGAUAAAUAUAGAUAUAAAAAAUCGAACACCACUCCCGAACUAGUAUCGAAGUUGCCAUCAAGAAAUGAUAGUCCAAAAACUAAUAAAGAAACCGGACAUGACAAACCAGAUAUCGGAAUUGAUUCAUCUCCAGGACGUAAGCGUACUACUAUAAAACGCGACCGGCCUGUUGUUAGACUUCAUACAGUGAAACGUAAAGAUAAAGAUUCUCCGCGCAAGCCGGUUCAAACCGAUACAAAUAAAGCCUUUAAUUCUGGAAAUGAGGCAGAGAAGUUAGAGAAACAAAGUGAGACCUUGAAAUGGCGACAAAAAUUAGCCGAUGAUUUGUCUUACCGAGUACAAAAAGAAAAGAAAUCUUUAGGGGCAAAAUUAGUAGAAAAGUUUACACUUAAAGACAAAGAAAAUGAUGAUUAUACAUUAACAAAAAAAGAAUCGCCAACAACUGUAGUUAUUAGAGACAUUUUGAAUAAAAAUAAUGUCGAAAAUAAUGAAACGACGGAUAAAUUAAAUAGGCGAUGUUCCAUGGAGCUUUUGGCCGAACAAGCAAAUCUAUUAGAUUCUUUAAUUAGGAGAGAGAACUUAAGUACUGUAACCUUAGAUUUAAGUAAAAUUGGAACUGAAGGAGAUGCUGGAACAAAACCACAAAUAAAUACGUCUAAAAAAGCGAAAACCUUAAAACCAGUAAAUCCUUUAACAACAACCAAAUCUGACCACUCAUUACACGAUCGCCUCAAAGAAAAAAAAAUAAUAGAUAAAAAACCUUCAAAAAGACAAAGUAUAAGAAAGUGUUCAUCUGGCAGUAGUAUUUGUAGAUUAGAUUCUAUUACCGAAUCACCUAAAAACGUCAAACAAUUAGAGGCAUCUGUUAUUGAAGAUCAAGAGAAAAAUGAAAAACCGAACAAAGUCGUGAAACCUAAAGUUAAACGUAAAAUAACAUCUUCAGUAGAAGUAACAACACCACCUUCACCUUUAAAAUUUAUUGUUGAAAAUGUUACAGUAGAAGAAAAAUCCCGACCACUUAAAAAGGAUAUAAUAUAUAGUAGUACAGUGGAUGAAAUCCUUCCUCAAGAUAAGCCUUUUGAGAUUAAUGCAGAAGAAACACAAAAUAUACAUAAUACAAAUAUGGAAACUAUGGAAUUGAAUAGUUCUAAUAGUGAAAUAAAAACUAAUAUUCAAUCAGAAAAUUUAGUUAAAGGUCAUAGAAGCAGUAUAAAAUCUAAACCUAUUUUGAAAGCAAAAAGCAAUUUAAAUUCACCAGAACCGGAAGAUGGAAAUUUUUGGGAUAAAAUCGGUAAACGAGAAACGGUUUACUUAGUCAAGAGAAAACAAAACUUAGAAGAUACACAAGAAAAAAUUAAGCGAUCUUUAUUUUGGUUCCCAAGCGAAGAGGAGGAAGUUGAAUGUUCAGAUACAAAUGCUUUCGGUAAUAGCAGUGAAAAAAAAUGUAUUAAUAAUUCUACAUUAGAAGUAAAAGAUCACAUAGAAGCAAAAGUGAAUUUAAAUUUGAAUAAAGAUAUAUUUCAGGGAGAUAGUUCACAAUUAUCAGUAGUACAGGAUAAAAGUGAUAUAAAAGAUGAAUCCACUACAAAAAAUUUAAAGGCAGAAAUAGAAAACUUGGAUAAAAUUAAAGAUGAACCAAAAUUGAAACAAACAUGCACUAAAACCAAUAAUGAGGGUGAUAAAAGUCGUGACCUUAAUAGUGAAAAACCAAAAAUUAGAAAUUUUAAAGUAAAAAAGAAUAUUGAUGAUUCUAAUAUUAAAAAAAUAAACUUAGUUAAUAAAGUAGAUUCUCAUAUAAAGGAAGCCAAGAAUGAAAGCCCAAACACUUCAGAAACUCAUAAAAUACAAGGAGAGGAAAAAAAUAUUCCAAAUACUUGUUUGGCGGGUGGAAACACAAGUAGUUUAGAAAAUGAGAGUAAACAUGACAAAAUAUCAGUAGACAUAGUUUCAACACAAAACACGGAUUCCAAUAUCUUAGAAACGGAUAAGACAGAAGACGUAAACAAGGUAGAUGAUGUUUCAAAAACUACAAUCCAAAGCAUGUCUAAGGAGAAGUUAAACCAAGAAGGUACAGAUAAACUAUUCGCUAAGUUUGAAUUGCAAGUUAAAAACAAAAAUCAUCACGAAAAAACAAAGGAAAGAAAUGAUAAAGAGCAAUUAAAAAUUUACGAAAAUCAAUCUGAAAUUGACGUCGAUUCAGAAAUUAAUAGAUGUCAUGACGAUAAUUUAAACAAAAUCAAUGAACCCUUAAAAGGUGAAAAUAAUAUCGAUAUUCACGACUGCUUAAAAACAAAUUUAUUAAAAGAAAAUGAAUCACAACUUAUAUCUGGUUCAGAUCUCACGGAAAAUGUUGAAGAUACUAAAGAUAAAAGUAAUGUAGAAAAAGUAAGCUCUGUCUUGCUAUCUUCCGAGGAGCAAAAAUCUUGCUCUAGUACCUCUAAUGAAGCAAACAUUCCAAAUAUCGUAGAUGAAGUUAAAAAUUCAAUGGAAAAAUCAAUUGUAGAUAACAAAGAGAACAAUGUUUCAAAUGAUAACAAAAAUGAUAUAGCUAUGGAGAAACCUACUAUAGUACCUCCAAAGAAAGUGAAAGAAGAAAAAUCACCAUUCGUAUUAAUCGCUACACCUCGGCCUUUACAAAAGCGAAAUCCACAAGUGAUUCGUUCAUCCUCCUCUUCCGAAACGUCUGAAGAUUCAUCAGAGGAGGAUGAGGAUGAAAAGGAAUCCGACUCAAGCGAAGAAGGAACAGAGUUUUUUGAGUGCGAGAGCAAUGUCGAUGGAAGAACGUCAACUGGAUCUAAUGAUUCUGGAUUUGAUUCUUCGGCACCAACGUCCCCUGCAAGUUUCCUACAUGUUAAGAAAGACUGUGAUGUAAAUUGUCAUCGAAAGUGUGAAAAGUUGACUGCAAAUUUAUGCGGUGUGAAUCAACGUCUACUAGUUGAAGCUUUGGCAACCCGUACUACGUCGAAAAAAGGUGCUGACAGCCCCAGUACCUCCACAAGCCCCGCAACCUCUCAAACCUAUAACUUUGACAUCUCCGAACAAGAGUUGGAACAUUCGACAGCGUACGAUCUGUUUAGAAAAACAGGGCGAUUUAUUCCCCCAGCCCGUUCAAUACCACGGUUCCGAAAGUACACGAUCGAUGACUUCCAAUUUAUCAGAGUAUUAGGCAAGGGUAGUUUUGGCAAGGUUAUGUUGGCAGAACUCAGAGAUACAGAAUACUACUAUGCUGUUAAAUGUUUAAAAAAGGAUGUGGUUCUAGAAGACGAUGACGUUGAGUGCACUCUAAUAGAAAGGAAGGUUCUAGCGCUGGGAACGAAUCAUCCAUAUCUUUGCCACUUGUUUGCUACAUUUCAAACAGAUUCGCAUUUGUUCUUCGUAAUGGAGUAUUUAAACGGCGGUGACCUGAUGUUCCACAUACAACAGAGCGGUCGCUUCCCGGAAGCGAGAGCACGACUUUACGCCGCUGAAAUUGUGUCAGGCCUUAAAUUCCUGCAUAAAAGAGGAAUCGUAUACAGGGACUUAAAAUUAGACAAUAUUUUAUUAGAUUUCGAUGGACACGUAAGAAUAGCCGACUUUGGAAUGUGUAAGCUACAAAUAUACCUAGAUAAGACGGCAGACACGUUCUGCGGCACUCCAGAUUAUAUGGCGCCUGAAAUAAUAAAAGGUCUGAAGUACAAUCAGACAGUGGACUGGUGGUCUUUCGGUGUCUUGUUGUAUGAGAUGUUGAUCGGUCAGAGUCCUUUCAGCGGCUGCGAUGAGGAUGAACUCUUCUGGUCCAUCUGUAAUGAAAUGCCUUCAUAUCCGCGCUUCCUGUCAAAGGAGGCACUCAGUAUAUUAACUAGAUUACUGGACAAAGACGCUAAGACUCGUCUUGGCGGGACGGAGUGCAUGUACGGAGACGUCCGCGAUCAGGAUUUCUUCAGACCGAUCAACUGGGAGCGACUCGAACAUAGGGAGUUAGAAGCGCCCUUCAAACCUAGAGUGAGGCAUCCGAUGGACACCCAAUACUUCGACCGCGCGUUCACGGGCGAACGUCCGAGACUGACGACGGUCGAACCUCAAGUGUUGCGAUCAAUGGACCAGGAACCGUUCAGAGGGUUCUCUUACACGAAUCCAAAUGCUACGGAUCGUUAAAAAAAAAAUUUGAUUAAAAUCGUUUCCAUUGGAAUUAUGCAAGACGGAGUUUUUUAAAAUAAGAUGUUGAGAGUUUUAGAUUGCAAUUUGAAAUGUAUAUAAUAAAAUUGUUUUAUUAUAAGAAUAUAAGUAUGAUAUCUCGUCUGGUUUAUGUAGACUUUUAAUAAAAAAAUAUAAUUUAGGAUGAAUGGAUGUAGCCCAUGGUCCUCUUAUUUAAAAAUACAUAUCAAUAAAAGCUAUGAUGUACUUUGUGUCUGGUACACAGAUAUUUAGUGUUUGUUAUUUUUUUUUUCUCUUAUUAUGUUUUCCUGUUACGUAUUUAGAUGAUCUUCUUACUUGUUAUACCAAGUGUAUCAUUUUGUAGAAAUAAAUAUAGUACAAAAUA